AUGACCGAUCUCUUGAGAAGUGUCGUCACUGUCAUUGAUGUUUUCUACAAAUACACCAAGCAGGAUGGGGAGUGUGACACACUAAGCAAGAAUGAACUAAAGGAACUUCUGGAGAAAGAGUUUCGUCCAAUUCUGAAGAACCCAGAUGAUCCAGACACAGUGGAUGUCAUCAUGCACAUGCUGGAUCGAGAUCAUGACCGAAGACUGGACUUCACUGAGUUUCUUCUGAUGGUAUUCAAGCUGGCCAUGGCCUGCAACAAGGUAGAUUUGAAGGGCAAGGAUACCAAUCUAGCUGUACCCAGUCAGGUUAUCAAUCAGGAAGCAAUGGAGGACAAGGACAUGGAUGUCUCUCAGGAGAUCAGUCCUCUGGAUACGGUCAAUAUGAGCCUAGAUCCUGUAGCCAGUCUUCUAGUCAGAAAGGAUAUGGAUCUAGAGCAUGUGGAGGACAACAGGGAACAGGUUCAAGUCAGUCCUCUUGCUGUGGGCAAUAUGAGUCUGGAGGAAGUCAGUCUUCUUAUUAUGGUCAACAUGGAUCUGGUUCAUGUGGAUACUCUUCAAACUCUCAAAAAGGGUCAGGUUCAAAUGAAUUUUCCAAAUGUGGUCAACGUAGAUCCUGCUCAGGUCAGUCCUCUGGCUUUGGUCAACAUGGGUCAGGCUCAAGUCAGUCCUCUGGCUUUGGACAACAUGGAUCUGGUUCAGGUCAGUCCUCUGGCUUUGGACAACAUGGGUCUGGCUCAGGUCAGUCCUCUGGCUUUGGACAACAUGGGUCAGGCUCAGGUCAGUCCUCUGGCUUUGGGCAACAUGGAUCUGGUUCAGGUCAGUCCUCUGGCUUUGGACAACAUGGGUCUGGCUCAGGUCAGUCUUCUGGCUUUGGGCAUGGGUCAAGUUCAAGUCAGUCUUCUGGCUUUGGACAACAAGGGUCAGGCUCAGGUCAGUCCUCUGGCUUUGGACAACAUGGAUCUGGCUCAGGUCAAUCCUCUGGCUUUGGACAACAUGGAUCUGGCUCAGGUCAGUCCUCUGGCUUUGGACAACAUGGGUCAGGCUCAGGUCAGUCCUCUGGCUUUGGACAACAUGGGUCAGGCUCAGGUCAGUCCUCUGGCUUUGGACAACAUGGAUCUGGCUCAGGUCAGUCCUCUGGCUUUGGACAACAUGGGUCAGGCUCAGGUCAGUCCUCUGGCUUUGGACAACAUGGAUCUGGUUCAGGUCAGUCCUCUGGCUUUGGACAACAUGGGUCUGGCUCAGGUCAGUCUUCUGGCUUUGGGCAUGGGUCAAGUUCAAGUCAGUCUUCUGGCUUUGGACAACAAGGGUCAGGCUCAGGUCAAUCCUCUGGCUUUGGACAACAUGGGUCUGGCUCAGGUCAGUCUUCUGGCUUUGGGCAUGGGUCAAGUUCAAGUCAGUCUUCUGGCUUUGGACAACAAGGGUCAGGCUCAGGUCAGUCCUCUGGCUUUGGACAACAUGGGUCAGGCUCAGGUCAGUCCUCUGGCUUUGGGCAACAUGGAUCUGGCUCAGGUCAGUCCUCUGGCUUUGGACAACAUGGGUCAGGCUCAGGUCAGUCCUCUGGCUUUGGACAACAUGGGUCAGGCUCAGGUCAGUCCUCUGGCUUUGGACAACAUGGGUCAGGCUCAGGUCAGUCCUCUGGCUUUGGGCAACAUGGAUCUGGCUCAGGUCAGUCCUCUGGCUUUGGACAACAUGGAUCUGGCUCAGUCCUCUGGCUUUGGACAAAGUGGGUCUAGCUCACAUCAGUCCUCUGGCUUUGGGCAACAUGGAUCUGGCUCAGGUCAGUCCUCUGGCUUUGGACAACAUGGGUCAGGCUCAGGUCAGUCCUCUGGCUUUGGACAACAUGGAUCUGGUUCAGGUCAGUCCUCUGGCUUUGGACAACAUGGGUCUGGCUCAGGUCAGUCCUCUGGCUUUGGACAACAUGGGUCAGGCUCAGGUCAGUCCUCUGGCUUUGGGCAACAUGGAUCUGGCUCAGGUCAGUCCUCUGGCUUUGGACAACAUGCGUCUGGCUCAAGUCAGUCCUCUGGCUUUGGGCAACAUGGAUCUGGCUCAGGUCAGUCCUCUGGCUUUGGACAACAUGGGUCAGGCUCUAGUCAGUCCUCUGGCUUUGGACAAAGUGGGUCUAGCUCACAUCAGUCCUCUGGCUUUGGACAACAUGGAUCUGGCUCAGGUCAGUCCUCUGGCUUUGGGCAACAUGGAUCUGGCUUAGGUCAGUCCUCUGGCUUUGGACAACAUGGGUCAGGCUCAAGUCAGUCCUCUGGCUUUGGACAAAGUGGGUCUAGCUCACAUCAGUCCUCUGGCUUUGGGCAACAUGGAUCUGGCUCAGGUCAGUCCUCUGGCUUUGGGCAACAUGGAUCUGGCUCAGGUCAGUCCUCUGGCUUUGGACAAAAAGAGUCAGGUUCAGGUCAAUCCUCUGGUUUUGGAUAUGGAUCUAGUUCACAUCAGUCGUCUAGCUUUGGAAAACAUAAGUCUAGAUCAGCGCAGUAUGGCUAUGGCCAACAUGGCUUCAGUUCAGGGCAAUCUUCUAGAUUUAGUCAACAUGGGUCUAGUUCAGGCCAGUCUUCAAUUUAUGAUGAACAUGAGUUUAGCACAGGUCAAUCAUCUGGCCAAAACAAAAAUGAAUCUAGGGUAAGUGGACAAGGAAGCUGUGGGCCUAGAUCAAGCAAAAGGUGUCCAAUAUGUGGAAACCCAACAUCAGAUUUAUCCCACAGUCAGACAAGAGGAAGUAGCCAAGAAACAACUACUCACAGUGAUAAUGAAAGAAGCAGGGUAUCAGGAAGUGAGUCUGAAGAUCAUGACAGCAUUCAUGGACAUAGCCAACAAAGCCAAGGAUCAAGUCAGGGAAGGAGAGCAUCCAGAGGGCAGGAAACAACACAUAGUCAAUCAAAUGACAGCGAAAGCCAGUCAGAUGACUGGGAGAGAGGAAACAGCACUAGACACUCUGGUACAAAUCAUGGAGAUACUGUACAAACACAUAAAGAGUCAGAAUCUAGUAAAAGACAAGAAUCUACUCAUGGUCAGUCAAGGGAUACAACUACACAUACCCAGACUGGUCAAGGACAUUCUGCUCAGGAAAAUUCCAGCGUGACGGGAAGAAGGGGAACUAGUCACAGUGAGUCCAGUGACAGCGAGAGGCAUUCGGGGGUGUCUCAGAGACACGCAGGAUCCGCUCACGGGCAGGCUGGACCCCAACAUGCAGAGUCGGGAUCCACAGAGAACAGGAGACAGGGAACUGCUCACGGACAGUCAGGAGACACCACCAGACACGGCCAAGCUAGUCACGGACAAUCCACUCGGUCAGGGUCCAGGGCAGCUGGCAGGCAGGAGUCUAGUCACAGUGAGUCCAGUGACAGCGAGAGGCAUUCGGGGGUGUCUCAGAGACACGCAGGAUCCACUCACGGGCAGGCUGGACCCCAACAUGCAGAGUCGGGAUCCACAGAGAAUAGGAGACAGGGAACUGCUCACAGACAGUCAGGAGACACCACCAGACAUGGCCAAGCUAGUCACGGACAAUCCACUCGGUCAGGGUCCAGGGCAGCUGGCAGGCAGGAAUCUAGUCACAGUGAGUCCAGUGACAGCGAGAGGCAUUCGGGGGUGUCUCAGAGACACGCAGGAUCCGCUCAUGGGCAGGCUGGACCCCAACAUGCAGAGUCGGGAUCCACAGAGAACAGGAGACAGGGAACUGCUCACGGACAGUCAGGAGACACCACCAGACACGGCCAAGCUAGUCACGGACAAUCCACUCGGUCAGGGUCCAGGGCAGGUGGCAGGCAGGAGUCUAGUCACAGUGAGUCCAGUGACAGCGAGAGGCAUUCGGGGGUGUCUCAGAGACACGCAGGAUCCGCUCAUGGGCAGGCUGGACCCCAACAUGCAGAGUCGGGAUCCACAGAGAACAGGAGACAGGGAACUGCUCACGGACAGUCAGGAGACACCACCAGACAUGGCCAAGCUAGUCACGGACAAUCCACUCAGUCAGGGUCCAGGGCAGGUGGCAGGCAGGAGUCUAGUCACAGUGAGUCCAGUGACAGUGAGAGGCAUUCGGGGGUGUCUCAGAGACACGCAGGAUCCACUCACGGGCAGGCUGGACCCCAACAUGCAGAGUUGGGAUCCACAGAGUACAGGAGACAGGGAACUGCUCACGGACAGUCAGGAGACACCACCAGACACGGCCAAGCUAGUCACGGACAAUCCACUCGGUCAGGGUCCAGGGCAGCUGGCAGGCAGGAGUCUAGUCACAGUGAGUCCAGUGACAGCGAGAGGCAUUCGGGGGUGUCUCAGAGACACGCAGGGUCUGCUCACGGGCAGGCUGGAUCCCAACAUGCAGAGUCCACAUCUACCCGUGGACACUUAGGAUCUAGCACAGUAGAGCGACAUGGGUCCAGCCAUGCACAGUUACACGAUGCUCAUAGACAGUCAAGUCAUAGGCAUGCCCAGUCUAGAAUAAGUCAUUCUCGGUCACAGAUUAGUGGACGACAAAGACAUGGAUCAGGUCAAAGCUGGAGACAUGGCAGCUAUGGAAGUGCCGAAUAUGACUAUGGGCAGUCUGGGUAUGGACCUUCUAGGGGCAGCAGAACAAGCAGCCGUAAUUCUAGUCCUCUGAGGUCAACAGACAGAGCUGAAUCCAAGCAAGUGUCUAGUCUUUGACAACCAGUUUCUAAUUCUGACCAGUCAGGAUCAAAAGCAACUGAAAUAGCAGGAAGACAAAGCUCACGUUAUGAACAGGCACAGAUAAGUUAUGGGCAGGCCACUGAUUCCCAUAAUCAGUCUGGAUCUAGUAGAGCUACAGGGCAGGGAUCUAGUCAUGGGCAUUCAGUAAAAACUCAGGAACAGUCAAAUGACCCUCAUGUUCAAUCUAGAAGGCAGGGAUCUUCUCAUAGCAGCCAGCCAAGGAACCACUCUCUAUCAGGUCAUAAAAAAUCCUUAUCAGCUUACAGCUAUUCAGAUUCUAGUUCAACUAAACGGCAGGGAUCCCAUAGUGAUGGUAAAGGGCAUUCAGAUAAUUGGGGGGGAAAGAUUCAUGAACAAUCAGGAUCGAGGCAUAGACAGUCAGAGUUAAAUACAACAGGUAUACAGGGAUCCAGCCAACAGCAGUUGGGAGAUACAACAUCUCAUGAGCCAGUAAGAUACAGAACAAAUUUAGCAAGACAGGGAUCAGCUGAUGGACAAUCAGGAGAUAUCCAGGGACAAUCUGGAUUCAGCACAAAUGAAAGACAAGUAUACAGUCAUGGCCAAUCAAGUGAUAGCCAUGGGCAAUCAAGUGAUAGCCAUGGGCAGACAAGUGGCAGUCAUUCACCUGAUAGCCAAGACCUUACAGGACCUGAAGAGUACAGAUAUAGGUAUUUAUCAAGCAGUACAACCAUGUGGAGUUGGGAAAGGCAAAAGGAAGAGAGUGGAUCGAGUCUGUCAGGGAGCAUGAGAAGAUACUUUCAGGAUGUGGAGGAUAAGCAGACAAGCUACUGUGAGCCCAGGGGUUACCAUAGAAGAGAGAGAACUGACUCAGGUUCCUUUCACUUAGAUAGCAACACACCACUCUAUGAAUAUGUCCAAGAACAAAGAUGCUAAUACUUUCAAUAAUAAUUUGAAACUAACAGAAAACAAACUAACUCAAGAGAAAAACUAAGCCGAAGGAGAAAUAAGACACACAACAUGGAAUUAAGAUAUUUAAUGUGAUCCCUUAUUUGGGUACUGGGGGCAUAUGUCUGACCUUUUGUUUUAAUUGUACUACUGUAGUAUUUUCCUUUUGCUUGGUGCAAGGGUUUUUUUUUGUAAGGCUCCAUAAUCAUUGAGCUCUUUGAUUAGAAAAUAGUGGAUGGAAGAAGUAAACUGCAUUUGGGACUAUAUUUAGAACUGUAUGGUAAAGUAAUUGGGUGCUCUGGAAUAAAGUGAGCACUUUUUAAAAAUUCCUGAUACUCAAAGUUUGGAUAUUCCAGAUUGUUUUAAUUUAUUGUUGAUAAAUCUAUCCAAGGAGCUAAGAGGCAUGGUUUAGGAGCCAAAAUUUCCCUAGUAACAUUGUAACACAUUCCAUAUCCAAAGCAAAGAAUGUUGUGGUAGUUGAAGAUUCAGAAUAUUUGCAUCUUUUGUGCCACCACUGGAACUCUGCAUUGCUACUUUUGAAUUUAUUGUCAUGACCUCCUGUAUAUAGGAUCCAGAAAAUUGUAUUUCAUAAAACUUGACAAUAAACUUCUCAUCAAGUUA